CAACUCUGAAAAUUUCGUGGCUCAAAAAUAGGAAAAUCAUAAAAAGUAUCGGAAAAUAAGGAUUUUCCUGCUUAUUUGUCUAGUUUCUCAAGAUAGUUUAUUAAUUAAUUAAAAUGUCAUCAAAACACCGACCGAGAAUUGAUGAUUUAAUAGAGUGUAUCAGCCUGCACAUCCCAAAUCCAAUUUUAUUACAUUGGACAAUUUUUCCAUUCAUUUUACUAUACUUAGUCCACUUAUAUCUCUGGAUAUACGUUUAUGGAUUCACCGAGUAUUAUGAGGCAGGGUUGAUAGUGAUUGUAGGAAUCGCAUUUGUCCAAAUUAUCACAUGUCUAAGUUGUUUUUGGAGUGUACAUUUUAGAACAUUUACGAGCUGUCGAAAAGUCAAAUCGCCUUCAUCAGCAAUUCUAGCGAAAGUUGUUCCGACUGAAAAUAAUGGAUCAAGUGAAUUAGUCAAGAUACAACAAACGAAGAUAAGUGACAAGGAAGACAUAGAAUAUUACUUUACAUUCCAAAAAAUCAAAUAUGUAUGGGAUGAUAACAAGAAGCAAUUCCAAGCAACUGACUUCCCAAUCAAUCGUCCUUACAUCGAGUAUUUUGAUUCAAAAGGACAUGAAGAUGAUGAGUCAUUAGUUGUGGCUGAAAAGAGAUUUGGAAAGAACUCUAUGGAAAUGGUUGUGCCUGAAUUUCAUGAGUUAUUUAUUGAACGAGCAACAGCACCAUUCUUUGUGUUUCAAGUCUUCUCAGUUGGUUUAUGGUGCUUGGAUGAAUAUUGGUAUUAUUCAUUAUUUACGCUGUUUAUGCUGGUUGUUUUUGAAUGCACGUUAGUUCAGCAACAAUUAAGGAACAUGUCAGAAAUUCGUAAAAUGGGAAAUAAGCCCCACACAUUAAACGUUUAUAGGAACAGAAAGUGGAGACUAAUACAAACAAAUGAAUUAAUUCCUGGAGAUCUCGUAUCGAUUAUUCGUUCACAAGAUGACAAUCUAGUACCAUGUGAUAUUUUAUUAUUACGUGGAACUUGCAUAGUCGAUGAAUCAAUGCUGACUGGCGAAUCUGUUCCACAAAUGAAAGAUUCGCUUGAAAAUGUUGAUGACUUGAAACGAGAAUUAGAUGUAGAAAGUGAAGGAAAAUUGUAUACAUUAUUUGGUGGAACUAAAGUUGUUCAAACUACAUCCCCAUCAAAAGGUGCUAUGCGUGCUCCAGAUAAUGGAUGUAUUGGCUAUGUCCUAAGGACUGGAUUUAAUACAUCACAAGGAAAACUAUUGAGGACAAUAUUGUUUGGGGUAAAACGAGUCACAGAAAAUAAUAUAGAAACAUUUGCCUUCAUUUUAUUCCUUAUGGUCUUUGCUGUAACUGCUGCUGUCUAUGUCUGGAUUAAAGGAAGUGAAAAUCCUGAAAGAAACCGUUAUAAGUUGUUCCUUGAAUGCACAUUAAUCUUAACAUCCAUAAUACCCCCUGAUUUACCAAUUGAGUUAUCUCUUGCUGUAAAUUCAUCCCUUCUUCAACUUUCUAAGCUUUUUGUCUUCUGUACUGAGCCAUUUAGAAUCCCAUUUGCAGGAAAAGUCGAAAUCUGCUGCUUCGAUAAAACUGGAACGCUGACAAGUGACAAUUUAGUUGUGGAAGGAGUCACUGGAAUUGACGGUAAAAAGGAUAUAGUUCCAAUAAGUGAAAUUCCAGAACAAACAGCACAAGUUCUUGCAAGUUGUCAUUCACUUGCUAUAUUAGAUGAUGGAUUAGUUGGAGAUCCACUCGAAAAAGCGACAUUAACAGCUAUUGACUGGAAUUUGAGUCGAGGAGAUUCAGUAAUUCCAAAGAAGGGCAAAUUUAAGGCAUUAAAAAUUUAUCAGCGUUAUCAUUUCUCAUCAUCGUUGAAAAGAAUGUCAGUUCUUGCUGGAUAUUUGCAGUCAUACACUGGAGAAACUCAUUACAUUGGAAGCGUUAAAGGAGCACCAGAAACUGUCAUGAAGAUGCUGUCAAUAGUUCCACCAAAUUACGAAGAAACUUAUUUGGAAUAUUCAAGAAGAGGAGCUCGAGUACUGGCUUUGGGAAUUAAAGAAUUUGGCAAGCUAGAGCAUCAAGCUGUUCGUGAAAUGAAACGAGAAAAUGUCGAAUGUGAUUUAACAUUUGUCGGAUUUGUCAUCAUUUCCUGUCCACUGAAGCCUGAUUCGAAAGCAAUCAUUAAGGAAAUUAUUCAAGCAUCACAUAAAUGUGUCAUGAUAACUGGUGAUAAUCCAUUAACAGCAUGUCAUGUUGCCAAAGAACUUCGUUUCACAAGAAAACCAAUUUUGGUGCUGACAACUGAUGAAGAUGGCUUAAAAUGGAAGUGGCAAGGUAUUGUUGGUGCUAUAAAAAUUCCUAUUAAUGGACCGCAUGCAAAGAAUAUUAAGGAAAUCAUUAAGGAAUAUGAUUUCUGUAUAACUGGUGACGGAUUGAUUUAUCUUAAUGAAUAUGAGCAUGAUUAUUUAAGUGAAGUCUUGCCUUAUGUAACUGUCUUUGCACGUGUUGCACCAAAACAAAAGGAAUUUGUCAUAACAACGCUCAAAAAAGCAGGAUAUCAUACAUUAAUGUGUGGAGAUGGUACGAAUGAUGUAGGAGCAUUAAAGCAUGCUCAUGUUGGAGUUUCAAUCUUGAGUAAUGCACCAUUAAGAGCUGGACGAAUUGAGAAGAAGAAAGAUGAUUCUCCAAUUUCAGCAGCUGGUCCAAUAAGACGCCCAGUUGUUGUAAACGAUGCUGAUAGGAACUUGACACCAAGAGAACGUGCUUUAAGACAGCAGAGACAAAAACUUCAAGAAUCACAAGAAAAAAUGCAAAAAGUUUUACGAGAAAUGGACGAAGAGUCUAUGAAAAUAGUAAAAUUAGGUGAUGCCUCAAUUGCUGCACCAUUUACAAGCAAGCUUUCAUCUAUAGCUUGCGUAUGUCAGAUCAUUAAGCAAGGCCGAUGUACUUUAGUCACAACGCUGCAAAUGUUCAAAAUUCUUGCAUUAAAUGCAUUAAUCUCUGCCUAUUGUCAAAGUGUGCUGUACAUUGAUGGCAUCAAAUUUAGUGAUACACAGGCAACGCUUCAAGGUCUCUUUCUUGCUGCUUGCUUCCUUUUCAUUACUCGAUCAAAGCCACUUAAAGUUUUAUCUAAACAAGCCCCACUCCCAAAUAUCUUUAAUGUCUACUCAGUGACAACUAUUUUAGGACAAUUCGCAGUGCAUUUCGUUUCAUUGAUUUACUUAGCACAAGAAGCUUCUUUACGAGCUGGACCACGUGACACGACUGUCAAACUGAACAUUGAUAUGACACCAGAGGAAAAAGAUGCUGAGUUCGAGCCAAAUAUCAUCAACAGCACAGUUUAUCUAAUUUGCAUGGGACUUCAAGUAUCAACAUUUGCUGUAAACUAUAAAGGACAUCCGUUCAUGGAAUCGCUAAGAGAAAAUCGCUUACUAAUGUAUUCUAUUUUGGCAUCGAGUGGUGUUGUCGCAUGCUUGGCAUUGAACCUCGUGCCUGAUCUCCAAAGCGCCUUUCAAAUUGUUGAUUUCCCACCCGAUUUCCGCAACAUUCUCGUCUUUGUGCUCCUCGCCGAUACUGCUUUAGCAUUCGUUGUUGAUAGAAUAUUCGCAUUCUUAUUUGGAGAUAAUCGUAGGAAAAUUGAUGUCCUUAACUAUUAAACAGUUUGACAUAAGUUAAUUGUUGCCCAACUUACAUUAUUUUGGACUGAUUAAAAAAGAAUUAAAAAGUUUUACAAAAGAAGUUUGAGGAUAGAAAAUAAAUUACU